ACUGCUUCGCAUUUGUCUACCAUCGUAAAGUUAUUUUUUUGCUGAAAUAGGUCAUUGGGUUAGUAGGAAAAAUCGCAAUAUUUAAUUAUUCGGACUGCGAUUCUUAAGUCUUUUGAUGCUCACACCUGAGCCAGGCUGUUGCACUCUCGGUAAUUCAAGUUCCUGCUUUGAACGUGCGACUGGUGGCAUCGCCUUUUUGCUCCUUCAAGAAGUCUGCCGAUCUCGUCUAGCAUCAGUCGUAUUUCGGAGAUCAGUUUGAACUACCAGACCCCGCACAGUCCGGCAGCCGACUGUCUUCCUCUCGUGGUUCCCUGAGAGCGCCGCCGGCCGGCUGCUGCGUCUCCCAGACCCGGCGCCAUGGGCUCCCCGGCCACCUCGCUGCCCGACUCGCCACCGACCUCGUUCAUGUCCGAGGAUGGCGACAACAGCGACAGGAAUGAGAGCGGUCUCCCUCCGUCGCCGGCGGCCGCUGUGGUCACCAUGGAUGCCCAGCCGGUGACCUACUGCGAGCCCACCUUCUGGUGUUCGGUCAGCUACUACGAGCUGUCGAGCCGCGUCGGCGAGACGUUCCACGCGUCCCAGCCGAGCCUGACCGUGGACGGGUUCACGGACCCGAGCAGCUCGGACCGCUUCUGCCUGGGCCUGCUGAGCAACAUCAACCGUAACCCGGUGGUGGAGCAGACGCGCCGCAACAUCGGACACGGCGUCCGGUUCUACUAUAUCGGCGGUGAGGUGUUUGCCGAGUGUCUGAGCGAGUCGGCUAUCUUUGUCCAGUCACCCAACUGCAAUCACCGGUUUGGCUGGCACCCGGCCACCGUCUGUAAAAUACCAUCCAAAUGCAACCUGAAGAUCUUUAACAACCUCGAGUUCGCGGCGAUGCUGGCUCAGUCGGUGAACCAGGGCUUCGAGGCCGUCUACAGCCUGACGCGCAUGUGCACCAUUCGGAUCAGCUUCGUCAAGGGCUGGGGCGCCGAGUACCGGCGGCAGAUCGUCACCUCGACGCCCUGCUGGAUCGAGUUGCACCUGAACGGACCGCUCCAGUGGCUGGACCGGGUGCUCACGCAGAUGGGCUCGCCACACAUGCCCUGCUCCUCCAUGUCGUAGGUGCGCGGUGGACCCUCGGAGAGACAGCGCGCCGAACGGUGUGAGACUGCGUGAGAAGUUUUAUAGCUGUGUGAGUGGUUAAUGUGCGCCGCCGCGGCGUGUGGCGGACGCUUGUGGCGCGCGGAGGACCAUCUUGGUGCUCUGACGGAGUUGGCACGUAUAUACAUGACGCUUCAUCGAAGUUUGAACUAUCCGUGGCGGCAGAGGUGGAGCAUACAUGAAGAGCAUACAUGAAGACAUCGCCCGCCUGGUGUCCUCUGCUUGCCGCUGACAUCCGAGAUACUGUGACGUCACACCAGUCAGUGACGUCACCAAGCGCUGCGCUGCCAGUCCGCUGCCGUGAAGGUACGAACUACCGGGCGUGGAGGCGUCCCCUGACGCCAGCAGGCCCCUGAGUCAAGUCAAAAGGGUGAUACGGGACGCUAACACACGGGACAGGCGGUGACGCUUUACGCUUUGUGAGGGUCGAACGGGGCUGCGGGCACACGGCUCUCUCUGAAUGAGUCUCAGAAGACGGCGGUUUGAGGGUGGGGAAAGGGGAAGGGAAGGAGUGUGACACGGUCAAGUGUUCCUUUAUCGUCCGGACCGGGCCCGCUUUAUCGAAAUGUACGUCUAUUCGCUGCUUCCUUAGCGGCAGUAAGUCUUCUCAAAGCCCGGACCGCUGAACGUAUCGGGACGGUACACCGUUCAGUUCUGUCUCCUGCCCCGCAUUGCGUUGGCGUCUUCUCGGACCAGCUCAGGAGAAAGCUGUGGUGACCAGGGCUCCGCAACUGUCACCGCCGGGCGUGGCGGUUUGCUGAAUACGGUCAACGCUAACCCGCAGGUGCUAGUGUAAUGAAUAUCCGCGAAUAUUGACGGGCGGACCCGUCACCAUUUGAUUGUAUAUUUUGUAAGGUGACCCUCUGUUAGUCCCUUUUAUGCCCAGGUCGGGACUAGCCGAUGAGUUUCAGUAAACUGUGAACUAAGGCGAUCUGACCCUCUUCCUCCCUCUGAUGCUCGCUGCUUUGACAGCGUUGACAAGUGAGUCAAAAUGGUUUUGGCUUCAGAGCUGCUGCUGCAGCCGGUACCUAGCUCUCGUUUAGGACACGAUGUGCGCAGUCAGUUGGCAAUCAUGUUCUGAGUGUGAUGUUGACGAUGCUUUGACUGACAGCGGGACGCCGAAAGCAUGCUUUACCCGCUGCGUCAGUCUGGCGGAACCUAACAAUACGUACUGUGUUCGACGCGAGUCUGACUGUCAAACAAUUUUACUGGGACGAAGAGUCUGCUUUCUGUGAGGAUUUUAAACAACAUCUGUGUACCUGAGAAAUUUAUUAGAAGUCCCGUCGCGAGCGUACUAUAGUGGCGAUACGCUACUGCGAAUAAACUAUUUGUAUAUGC